AUGGAGCCGUCUCCAGUUUCCGUAGAGAGAUGGGAAUCUAAUACUCGCUCCAGCUCCUCCGUUUCCGUUCCUCAGACCGGUACGGGUUUCACUCAUAUUAAACGAGCCUUCUUUGGCGAUUUGGCAGAAGUACGCCGUGUAGAUGCAAGCGAGUUAACGGGGCGACGACAUUCUGUUUCGCGAAGUCAAAGUCAUGAGAUGCCAUCACCAAAGAUUCAAAUUCCAUCUAGUGAUGAUAUCAGCGAGAGGGAUCCUAUUCGAUGCACAUUAGAGAAGGUCGUGUUACCACAGAAAUAUGAAAAGGAGUAUGAAAUAGAGGAGGAGGAAGAAGAGGAAAUAUUGGUGAUGCCAAGUACCGAAUCACAGAGACGAAUUGUGCGUUUCUAUAGUGGAGUGGCUGCUAGUGCACUUGGUGGUGCUGUUCUUGCUGGAUUUGUUAAACAAAGUUUAGGAUCCCUUAUCCGUUUUAUGGGGAGUGGGGUGGUAAUGAUACAGUUAUUAAGUGUUCUCGGUUACGCUGAUGUUCGCUGGCGAAAACUGUUAUCUGAUGUAUGGGUAUUGGGAAGGCGAACACCAGAAAUUCAUGUUGUCCAUUCAGUGUUUAGCAAAGUUAGAGAAUCUGCUGUUUUAAAGAUGGCCUUUGUAGGUGGGGUUCUAGGUGGAUUAUUUCUACCUUAA